AUGAAUUUGGUUCGUGGUGACUCACUAGGUAGUGGAAGGUUCACCACCAUCAACUUACCCAAACACACUAAACCCUCCGUUAACAUCCCCUCUCUCACUGUCGUCAAAUCAUACGAACUUUCCUGCUCUUUUUCUCUCCAAAACAAGAAAAAUAUAGUGGAACGUUUAGGAUCAUGCCCACACGUUAUCAAAUACUCUGGUCAUGAUCAAACUGUUAAAAAUAGGGAAGAGUAUUACAAUAUUUUCUUAGAAUAUGCAAACGGUGGAACUCUCAAUGAUCAGCUCAAGAAUCACGACGGUAAGCUCCCAAAAAACUCAUUCGUCAUUACACAAGGUUCAUGGUUAAAGGUCUCAAGUAUAUUCAUGAAAAUGGUUUUGUUCAUUGCGACUUGA